AUGUCACGAUCGUGUGUAGUAGAAAUGGCGGGAUUUAAUCGUUUUCUCGUGGUCUAUUUCGUCAAUUUCCGAAUAAAGUGAUAUGAUUACUAUACACGUUUAGAGUUAAUAAGAUUAAAGAGUUAAUAACGAUCGUGGUGAAAAGGAGCAUCGAAAUCGAACUAGCUGAUGGUGCAAGAACGUAUUCUGUGAAUAUAUAAGCCAACGCGACAGGUUUUCUGUAAUCAGCGUGUUCCAACGACGACAACUCCCUAACCUUCCAUUCGCCCACGUUGGCAGAUUCGCAAGUAACGCAAACACGCGAAGGGAUGAAUUAUAAGCAUAGGAAUAUUAUCCAAGGAAAUAAAGGAAGAAAAAAGGAUCAAGAGCAACGAGAUAAUUCCAACUUCCAGUAUCCUCUUACAACCGACUUCCGUUUCUCCAUGAAACCCGAUCGGCGCCGGUUACUUAUAACACCGGAAAAACGCUAAUCCCGAGACAGAGAGCAUCCGGUUAACGAGGCAACGCCUGGCCAGAGAUGGGAAAAAAAAGAAACAAUCAACAACCAUCUGUGCCAAUACCCGGUCGUGUAAAGGUAGAAAUAAAAGAUGAAUUAGGAGAUAGCGAUGUACUUGUUGCAAGAGAUCGUUUAAAAGGAGCUCUUAGAGAAUUAUUACAACAUAGUGAUACAGGAUCAUCAGCAGAUUCAAGUGAAGAGAGUUCUACACAAGACUAUAAACAUCAAAUAAAAAAAAUUGAUAACAUAUAUAGAACAAAAUCAAUGGGUUUUCAACAACCACGUAAAGUAAGACGUCGUAGACAAGUGCAAAUGGAUACUGCAUUUCAUCAUACUUAUGUAAUGAAAUUAUUUGAUAGAAGUGUUGAUUUAGCACAGUUUCAAGAAGAUACACCACUUUAUCCUAUAUGUAGAGCAUGGAUGGCAAAUCAACCAAGAAAUCCUAAUCUUGUUCCGAAAAUACGUAGUCCGAGUCCAGAGAUAUUAAAUGAAGUUAAUAUAAGUAAUAAUAUAUUAGAUAGUAAUGGAGAAGUUCGUGAUGUUUAUUAUUUGCCACCUCCAUUACCUUGUGAAGAAGCUAUACCUAGAAAUCGUAUACCCUCACCAAUAAUUAGAGAAAAAGAGGAAUUGAAUUUAGAUUAUGACGGACAAACUCUAAAAUCACGAGAAAUGUUAUUAAGAGAACACAGAGUACAUUGGAAUGCUGUACGCAAAAAAUGGUAUCAACAAGCAUAUAAGAAUGAACAACGUUUCACACAAAGUGCAAAUAUAUUAAAUACUAUAUUUAAGAGGGCACAAUCAGAAUUUGAAUGAAUUAUUAUCUGACAAAUUAAUUACUAUCAUCUAUUAGUAAUAAAUAUAAUUUUUUUCUUAUGUUAUAUAAAUAUUUUUUUUCACACUUUUUCUACAUAUUUUAUUUUGUACACUUAUACUUGUUAUAUACUACUUGUAGAAAUAUACCUUUUUAUUACAAUAUUAAUAAUAUACUACAAUUACAUUUCAUUAUAACCAAUUAUUUCAUUUAUAAAAAAGAUUCUAAGUAAUAAUUCAAUUUUGAAAUAGAAAUUUUUACAGAAUGAUAUGUAAUUAUUACAUUUGUCUCUUGAUAAAUUAUUGGUAUACUGACAAUAAAUUAAUUAAUAAUUUUUUUUUUUAUUUCAUAUACUUAAUUUGUACUAAACAACAAAAUUAUUUAUCUACAAUGCAUAAACUACAAGAAAUAAAUAAUACAUUUUCGUUAUAUCACUGCUAUUUUUAAUAAAUUGAAAUGCUACUUACAAUUAUUUUAUCACGGGUAUAAAAAGGAACUUGGAAUAGUUUUAAUUGCCUGAACAUUAAGAGGCAGUUUUGUUAGUAUAUUAUUCGAUAAAAUAUUAACUUGAUAUAUAUCCCUAAAUUUUGAUACUAGAAAUUUUUGAAAAUUCGAAUCUAAUUAUUAGGAAAAAGGAUAAAACAGAUAAUCAUCGAAGACUUGAGAAUUACAAGCUUUUUAUUUGAAAUAUUGACAUAGUCGUAACUUACAAUAC